AUGGGUGGCAAGGCGCAAUUGAUUCGCUGGAGAUCACCAAGCUGCCCUUUCCCCACCUCCCCCCUCAGCUCCGCACCUGCUUCUCCUAUACCCGCUUCUGGCCCACAGGUUCACGCCUCUACAGCACUAUCUCUUUCCCACAUCCCUCUUAUACGCCACUGCCACUGCCACUUUCCAUCCUUUCCCUCCCUUCCCCCUCCCCCCCAGCCAGCUCUGCACCGCACCUGCCUCUCCCACAACCACAAGUCCACAGCCAUCUCUGCCCCACUGCACAGGAAUUCCCCCACCCACAGCGCAGCCGCACUGCUCACCUACUCCGCACCUGCUUCUCCCAUGCCAACGUCUGCCCCACGGAUUCUUUUCCCUGCUUUGGUGGUGCACUGCUCGCACCCACGCGCUGUACCCUCCCUCCCCACCCCAUACCCUCUCCCUUCUUCCCCCUUCUUCAGCCACCCCUCCAGCGCUGUACCUACUGCUCCUUCUCUGACAUCCGGCCCACGGAUUUGCUUCCGUAUGCUCCGCACUGCACCUGCUUCUCCUGCACUGGUUCCUGCCCCGAAAUCCCCCCCCCCCCUGCUCAACCAGGCAGAGGCUGCUGACUUGGCGGAGGUGGGCUAUAGGCAUUGGCGAUGCAAGCGGCAUUGGCGGCAGCAGUGGCAGCUGCGGGGAGCAUGGAGAGGAGGGUGGGAAGAAGGGCGAAGGGGCGGUGAAAGGGGGCUGCUGAUGGGGCUGGUGGGCAGUUGA